AUGGCACCGCGACAAGACAGCCCGUUCCGCUCGGCGGACAUGAGCAUGGUGCAGCUCUACGUCUCCAAUGAAAUUGGUCGCGAAGUUGUAACUGCUCUUGGCGAGCUGGGACUCUGCCAGUUCCGCGAUCUCAAUGAAGAUGUCAGCGCUUUCCAGCGCACGUUUACCCAGGAAAUCCGACGCCUCGACAACGUCGAGCGCCAGCUACGCUACUUCUAUACACAGAUGGAGAAGGCAGGAAUCUCUCUCAGAAAGCUGGACCUUGAUGUUGAGCGCCUUUCGACCCCUUCCACGUCCGAAAUCGAUGAACUCUCCGAGCGCAGCCAGAAGCUCGAGCAGCGCAUUUCUGCUCUGAACGACAGCUACGAGACACUCAAGAAGCGAGAGGGCGACCUCACAGAGUGGCGAUGGGUUCUUCGCGAGGCUGGCAGCUUUUUCGACCGUGCUCACGGCAACGUGGAGGAAAUUCGCGCCUCGACGGACGAUGAUGAUGCACCCCUGCUCUCCGACGUCGAGCACAACCACUCCGCUCCCGAUGCCGAGCGAUCCUUCUCCGGGAUGAACAUUGGCUUUGUUGCCGGUGUUAUUAACCGCGAUCGCAUCGGCGCCUUUGAGCGUAUUCUCUGGCGAACGCUUCGUGGUAACUUGUACAUGAACCAGUCCGAGAUUCCCGAGCCGCUCAUCGACCCUACCAACAACGAGGCCAUCAACAAGAAUGUCUUCGUCAUCUUUGCUCACGGAAGGGAGAUUCUUGCCAAGAUUCGCAAGAUUUCCGAGUCAAUGGGCGCUGAUGUGUAUAGUGUCGACGAGAACAGCGAUCUCCGACGUGACCAGAUCAACGAAGUCAACAACCGACUUCAGGAUGUCCAGAACGUGCUGCGCAACACCCAAGCCACUCUCGAGGCUGAGCUGAACCAGAUCUCUCAGUCGCUCUCCGCCUGGAUGGUUCUGGUCUCUAAGGAGAAGGCUGUGUAUAACACUCUUAACCUGUUCUCUUACGACCGCGCUCGUCGCACUUUGAUCGCUGAGGGUUGGUGUCCGACCAACGAUCUUCCCCUCAUCCGAUCUACCCUCCAAGAUGUCACCAACCGGGCUGGCCUUUCUGUGCCCUCCAUCAUCAAUGAGAUCCGCACUAACAAGAAGCCACCUACUUACCUCAAGACCAACAAGUUUACCGAGGGUUUCCAGACAAUUGUCAACGCCUACGGAACUGCCACCUACCAGGAAGUCAACCCAGCGAUGCCCGUUAUUGUUACCUUCCCUUUUCUCUUCGCUGUCAUGUUUGGUGAUUUCGGCCACGCCGUCAUCAUGCUUGCCGCUGCGCUUGCCAUGAUCUACUGGGAGCGAUCUCUGAAGAAGGUUACGUUCGAACUGUUCGCCAUGAUCUUCUACGGCCGAUAUAUCGCACUUGUCAUGGCUGUGUUCUCCAUCUUUACCGGUCUGAUUUACAACGAUGUUUUCUCCAAAUCCAUGACUGUCUUCCCUUCAGCUUGGGAGUUCAAGAAGCCCGAUGGCUUCAAGGAUCAUGACACUGUUACUGCCACCCUCAAUGACCACGGAUACCGAUACCCAUUCGGUCUGGACUGGGCGUGGCACGGUACUGACAAUGAUCUUCUCUUCAGCAACAGUUACAAGAUGAAGAUGAGUAUCAUUCUGGGUUGGGCCCACAUGACUUACUCUCUCUGCUUCUCGUACAUCAACGCAAGACACUUCAAGAAGCCUAUUGACAUUUGGGGCAACUUCGUCCCAGGAAUGAUCUUCUUCCAGUCAAUUUUCGGCUACCUUGUUAUUUGCAUUAUUUACAAGUGGUCCGUCGAUUGGCAGGCCAAGGGUGCCGAGCCUCCCGGUCUGCUGAACAUGCUCAUCUACAUGUUCUUGCAGCCUGGUUUCAUCGACAAGCCCCUCUACCCCGGCCAGUCUGCUGUGCAGAAGGCUUUGCUUCUCCUGGCAGUCAUCCAGGUUCCUAUUCUUUUAUUCCUUAAGCCUUACUACCUCCGCUGGGAGCAUAACCGUGCCCGCGGAAAGGGUUACCGCGGCAUCGGCGAGACCGCUCAUGUUAGCGCUCUGGACGGCGACGAUGAAACCCGACCCAACGGUAACAGCCUCGAUGAAAACGAUGGUGUUGCCAUGAUUUCCCAGAACAUUGAUGAGGAGCACGAGGAGUUCGAGUUCAGCGAGGUGAUGAUUCACCAAGUUAUUCACACUAUCGAAUUCUGCCUGAACUGCGUUUCUCACACAGCUUCUUACCUCCGUCUCUGGGCUUUGUCCCUUGCUCACCAGCAGCUCAGUGUUGUGCUCUGGAACAUGACUCUUGGCAAUGCUCUGGCCACCACUGGCCCAUUGGGUGUAAUCAUGAUUGUCAUCUGUUUCUAUAUGUGGUUCUUCCUCACCAUUGCUAUUCUGGUGUGUAUGGAGGGUACCAGUGCCAUGUUGCACUCUCUUCGUCUGGCUUGGGUCGAAUCCUUCUCCAAGUUUGCCGAAUUCAACGGCUGGCCUUUCCAGCCAUUUUCUUUCAAGAGUAUGUUGGAAGAGUCUGAGGACUUGACCGAAUACUUGGGUUAA